AUGGAUGCAGACGUCGAUCACAUCGACAUCGAUGAUGAUGAUGAAGACGAUGCUGGUGUAUUCAGCAUCGCCAAAGACUGCCACAGUGAGGACGAUGACACCCUCACUGGUGAAGACAACGUGCUUUCAGCAGUGCACACAAAGCGCACUGCUGUUGACAAGGAUGAAUCAGCAGAGGCAUUUCUGCUGACUCGCGAAGCGGUUGUCCUCUUCGUUCAAUACUCUAUUGUAGAUGCACUAGACAGGCAGAAAAGAAACGCAGACAAACAUGGAAGAGCAAAUGUUCUUUCGUUUGAUGAAGGAGACCUGAUUUUACUGUAUGCAGUAAACCCACCAAAACACGCAGUGACAAACGUGGGCAGCAGUAAAGUACUGCCCAAGUACAUCGGUCCAUUUCGUGUUUUGCGCCGAAUGGACAACGCAUACACGAAUGAACUUCCCCGUAAGAUGCGUGCGCAUCCUAUGUUUUACGUCGGUCGUCUCCGCCCGUACUAUCAGUACGAGCCCGUUUCGAGAUGCGAAGAACACCUCCGCGUUCGAGAGCCGAGACCACCUUCGGGUGGUCCCGUUUUAACGAUCCAGUCUGUUCGACUAGCGAAGCAAACUGUUCACGUAGCUGAGCGAUGUCUCGACGAGCUGCGGCCAGCUUGUCACGAAGAGAACGAGUUGAACGUUCGUUCUCAAGUUACGCGAACGCAAACGCGGCACGAUCGAUCGUGCGUUAAGGAAUUGUAG